AUGGUUCCGUCACCAGCAUCCGCACCCGCAUCGCCCCCUCCGCCCACCGACGACAUGUCGUCUCUUUUGAUUGCGGCGCUGCCCACGUCGAUCCAGUCGCGCAUACCCAAACUUCCGUCACUGCGGCGUACGGUUAGCAUGCAGAGCAUGUUCUUCCGCUCCGAGUCGACGUCAACAGUAGCGGCACUGCCAUCCGACACGCCAUCAUCACUCGAUCUCUCCUCCGUCUCAUCGGCUGCUUCCUCGCCGCCGCCGUCGCGGCCUUCCACAUCGGCAGGACCAAGCAGCAGGCGAGGCAGCACCAAAGACGCGCACGACAUGGGCCUUGUCCUGGCGUCGCGGAUGCGCCAGAGCCAUGUUGAGCCAUUGGCGUCCGACGUGAAGUGGAAAUAUGCACAAAAUGGUUUCCGAAAUCUCCAGAAUGCUCUUCGUGAAGCGGGCGACCCCGAUCGUCUACCGGAACUCGAACGCCAAAUCUACGUCGAGAGCAUCGCCUAUCUGCUGCGCGGCCUUCCGGACGACCUCCAAGAAGCCGAGCUCAGUCAGCUGCGCAGUGCAGCGCCCGAGCGCCUUGUCGGCGUGUCCGGGGUUCCUCUUUCCACCUCUUCCUUAUCCGCUGAGCAGCUGCAGCAGCUCCAACAACAAUACAACCUCGGCUUGUAUGGCCCCGUGCUACCGCCCGGCACAACAUCGCCUCCGGGAGGAGCCCCACAAAAAGCAUACUUCAAGAAACGCUCCCUGCCGCAUAUUGCCACGCACUGGCUCGUCACCAAAAUCUACGCUCUGAUCCUGCUGCUCAUCCCCAUCGUCACGGACCUAGCGCGCUGGGCCAUAGAGAUGGAGCGCAAGUACCACAUACCGGAAGCCCUGCUGAGCUGUGCGACGACUGUCGCGCUGAUGGUGUACCGCAACUCGAUGGAGCUUUAUGUCACUGUGUGCAGCCUGGGCGAUGGCAGCGUGGGUCGCGCUCUCGACGAUGGCAAAGUGUACCUGGCCGACGGCGUCGUGACAGGGUUCCGCGAGGCCGUAUUUGACAUGGCGCGUGGGCAGCGGUGA